AUGAUUAUCAUACGUUUCAUAUUGAUAAUUUAUUUUACAAAUGCAACAUAUCUUUAUUUUGAUCGUAAUUCUUAUGAAAUAUUUAUAAAUGAAUCAACAAAAAUUUAUACACAAAUUGCUUUAAUAAAAGCUAUUUCAUCUCCAUCAAUAUCUAUUCAAUAUGAACUUUAUGGUGAUAUAAAUAAAACAUUUUAUUUAAAUUCUUUUACAGGUGAAUUAAUUUUAUUAAAUUCAAUUGAUUAUGAAACAAUAUCAAUAUAUAAAUUAACAAUUGAAGCACGUUCAUUAUCAUUAAUAAUAGCACCUUGUUUUACUGAAUUAAUAAUUCAUAUAUUAAAUAUUAAUGAUAAUUCACCAGAUAUAAAUUUAAUAAUUUAUCCUUCUAUUCUAUAUAAAUCAAAUAUAAUUAAAUAUGAUUUAAAUACAUAUUCAACACCAUUUGCUACAAUAACUAUAAAAGAUUUUGAUGAAUCAACAAAAAAUUUAAAUUUAUAUUUAAAUGAUACAGAACAUUUUCAAAUACAAUUAAUAAGAGAAAUAAAAAAUAAUUUAAUUUAUAUUUUAUCAACAAAAAAUAAUUCAAAUUUAAUUUAUCAAGAUAAUUAUUAUUUAUUAUUAAUUUCUUGUGAUAAUGAUCAACCAUUAUUAUGUACUAAUCAAACAUAUAAAUUUUAUAUGAAAUCAAAUGAAUAUUUAUGUAAUUUAUCAUUUAAUCAAAAAAUUUAUAUUAUUGAUAUAAAAGAAAAUUUACCAAUAAAAACAUUUUUAAUGCAUAAAAUAACAAAUAAAUUUUGUCGAAAUAUUAGUUAUACAAUUGAUGAUAUAAAAAAUUUUUAUAUCGAUUCAUAUACAGGUGAUUUAUUUACAUUAAAAAAAUUUAAUCGAACUAAACAAAGUAUUUAUAUAAUUAAUUUAUUUGUUAAUAAUGAAUUUAAAAUAAAUAUUUUUAUACGUAUACUUGAUCAAUAUGGUAAUAUUCCAUUUUUAAUAAAUAAAUAUAUGAUUAUAAAUCAAAAAAAUUUUUUAUUUAUAAAUAUAUUUAAUUCAACAUUAUGUCGACCUCAAAUAAUUAUGAAAAAUUAUUUUCAACUUUUAUCUAAUUGUACAAUUAUAUCUUUUAAAAAACCACCUUUAGGUCAAUAUUUAUUUAAUAUUGAACUUGAACAACAAAUAAAUCAUCAAGAUACAUUUUUACUUGAACUUAAACAAGAACAAGAACGUCUAUUAACAUUUAAACAUUCACAAUGGAUUAUGAUAAUACCAAUUAUCAUUUGUAUUUUAUUCGUUCUUGGGAUAAUUAUCGGUCUUAUUAUUAUUAUCAAACAAAAACGAUAUAAAUUCAAUCAAUUAUGUUGUUCUAAACAACAAACAUCGUCAUUAUCAAUCAAAAACAAUAGUGCAGAUGAUAAGAGUCAUUCUAACAAAUCUGAUAGGAUUUCAACUAUAUCAAAAUUAAAAGUAUAUGAUGAUCAUGAAUUAUCAUUAUCGCAAACAAGUACAGCUAUUUAUUUAGUACAAAAACCAUCACCACCAUUGUCAUCAUUAAGUCCAUUACGUGAUGAUGAAGGUUAUUCAGGAAGUUCGAACGUAUCUGAAAAUCAUUUACCAUUUGAAUCAACAAUUAUUUCUGCUAAUGAAUUAAAUGAACAGUAUCGUAUACAUGAAUUUCCUAAUCAUCAAUCGACAUCAUCCACAUAUGAUGUACCGAGACGAUAUAUUGACAAUACGAAUCCACCCUGUAUUUCAACGGAUGCGUCACUUGUAUAA